UUAGACCAAGGAAAAAAAAUUGUCUUUGAUUAGCAGAAUACCCGGAUGUUUUACCUUACAACUUUUGUCUAUGAUCAAUGUACAAAUUACGUUUUUUGUAUUAAACCAGCGGAUGCAGCGGAUGUAAUGUAAUAUUUCCAAGAAGUUUUGACAACGGUUUACAUGGUACCAUGUUUGUUAUUAUUAAUUAUUUUGCAUAACAAGAUAAGUUAGCCACAAGUUAGCUCUCCUUGUACUGUAUGAUGUGUCUACACGAUUGACUAUCUAGCCCUCGAUUGAGUUUGUACUAAAGUCAAGAAUUUUGUAAUUUUCAAUCAUGGACAUCAAAAGUGUUGCAAUAGAUAUCAUGAAAAGAGCUGUGGAUUUGGAUACCGAGCAACGUUACACGGAAGCUCUUGUUUCCUAUCAGGAAGGAUUGCAAAUGCUAACUGAAAAGAUAAAAGGUGAAAACGAUGAAGACAACAAGAUCUACUUAAGGAAUAAAAUAGAAGAACACUGGAACAGGGUGGCUGCUAUAAAGGAGCUGAUACAAGAGCGGAAACAGAUGGGAAAUUACCGUGAACAGGUGCACAUAAAGAAGGAUUCAACUGGUCACGGAUACAGGAACCUGUUUGGAAGGUUUCUUGAUAAAGACGUGGAGUAUGUGCUUAUUGAGGACCCUUAUAUUAGGACUUUCCAUCAGUGUCAAAACUUUCUAUUGCUGUGUGAAUUAUUAAUGAAAUCCUGUGACAAUCUGAGGCGCAUACGGCUAAAAACAAGCAAAGAUGCUGAAUCCGGAGCCAACCAGAAAGAUUGGUUUUAUAACCUCGAGACUGACUUGCAGAAGUAUGGCAUACAACUCACUGUUAUAUACUCACCAGCCAAUCGUCUUUCAAGGCAUAUUAUCUUAAGUUCGGGCUGGAUUAUCGAAAUAAGCAGAGGCUUAAGGCGCCGAAUAAUAAGUUCUGUCUAGGCGUAUACGACUUAGACUUGCGGCAGUGUCAAGAGACUAAGAUUAUCAUAGUGCACUCUAAGGAAAAUUCAUUAUAGCAUGCUGCACAAAGACAGUCACGGCCAGCGACGACUAGCAAAGUUCUCAGGAUUCCCGAACUGCUGGAGCGACAUGCUGACCGACGCGUUGCUAGACAAGAUAACCAGUCGGAACCACUAGUGCCUAGACGCGGCGAUCAGUCGGAACCACUAGUGCCUAGACGCGGCGACCGGUCGGAACCACUAAUGCCUAGACGCGGCGGCCAGUCGGAACCACUAGUGCCUACACGCGGCGGCCAGUCGGAACCACUAGUGCCUAGACGCUGCGGCCAGUCGGAACCAUUAGUGCCUACACGCGGCGGCCAGUCGGAACCACUAGUGCCUAGACGCGGCGGCCAGUCGGAACCACUAGAGCCUACACGCGGUGGCCAGUCGGAACCACUAGUGCCUACACGCGGCGGCCAGUGGGAACCACACGUGUCUAGACGCGGCGACCAGUCGGAACCACAAGUGUCUAGACGCGACGGCCUAUUCGUUACCACUAAUAGCAUAUUCAAGUAGGAAUCUCAUUUUAUGCUAAUCAUUAAUUCCUCGUAUGAAACUUAUUAAUAGUUUUUGGUCCAAGCCUUUUAUAAGUAGGUAGGUACUUAUUUGUUUCUUUGUGUUAAAUCAAUUUUAGGAGCUCUUUUUUUUAAUUUUAUAUCAAAAAGUUAUUUUGUAACAUGUUACCUAAACUAGAGAUUAUGUUACCAUAACAUGUUAUCAAACUUUUGUGGGUAGUAUUUUUAUGCUAUCCAGAUUUUAUAUCAUUGUUUUACAAGAAUAUUUUAGAAAAAUAGGUUUUAUAACACGUUGUUUUGUUAUCUAGUUUGGACACAUAGUACACGUACUUUUGUAAAAUCUUAAAAAUUAUGAUCGAUAAAAUAGGGAUGACUACCUACUAGUCAAAUCAGUGACUUUUUAUCAAACAUCAAAACGCUCGCUUAAUGGGAGCUUAAUGAAAUUCAAAGAUGUGACAAACAUUUGACAUAUUUUGACGCACUUUUUUAAUGGUUAGCAAACUUAAA